AUGAUCUUCGAGCCGUCCGAACGCGUCGUUCUUCCUACCAAGGAUCUGUUGUCGUAUAUUUUUGACAAUCCGGGCUAUGAUCUGGAUAAACCGGUGUACAUUGAUGUUGCCAAUCCGUCGCGUACGAUAUCAUGUCGUCAUGCUCGAACUAUCAUCCGGCAGCUCAUUGCUGGGUUGAGAGCGUCUGGAAUGAAGAAGGGCGAUUGUGUUGCUAUCCAUUCCUUCAAUGAUAUAUACUAUAGCAUGCUGGUCCUGGCCAUCAUCGGCGCAGGAGGCAUCUUCACCGGCACCAACCCAGCAUACACCCCGAUGGAACUCGCCCAUCACUUCAAAGUCUCCGACAGCGUCUUUCUCAUUUCCGAGCCGGAGAUCCUGGACGCCCUCCUGACAGCCGCCAAGGAAGUCAACAUUCCAGAGAAGAACAUCUUCAUCUUCAACCACCAGGGACAGACCGUCCCGUCUGGCUUCCGAUCGUGGAACCACCUCCUCACCUUUGGUGAAGAAGACUGGGUGCGCUUCGACGACAUCGACACAGUGCAAAAGACAACAGCAAUGCGCCUCUUCAGCAGCGGCACCACCGGCCUCCCCAAAGGCGUCGCCCUCACGCACUACAACUUCAUUGCGCAACAGGAAAUCGUCAACGAACUGCAUCCCCGUCCGUACCAGGUUUCGCAAAUCAUCGCCAUCCCCGUGUUCCACGCCGCAGCAGCACCAACGGCACACAUCGCCACUCUCAGGUCCGGGCAAUCAUUGUACCUGAUGCGUCGAUUCGACAUGGAGACAUUCCUGCGCACGAUUGAGAAAUACGAAAUCACCGAUUUGACCGUCGUGCCUCCGAUCGCGAUCGCAAUUAUCAUGUCCCCGUUUACAAAGACAGGACCGUUUUUGAAAAAAGUCAAGGCGGCAGCUUGUGGAGCGGCCCCGUUGGAUAAAAGUGUGCAGGAAAAGUUCCGCGCGUUGAUGGCGGAUGGAGCGCCGAUGACGCAGGUUUGGGGCAUGACGGAGACGUGCUGUGUUGCGACCAAGUUCCAGUAUCCGGAGCAGGAUGAUACGGGGUCGGUGGGGAGGUUGAUUGCGAGUGUUGAGGCUAAGUUGAUUGAUGAUAAUGGGAAUAACAUCUCUGCGUAUGGCGUGCGAGGGGAGUUUUGUGUCCGUGGGCCAACGGUCACGCCUGGAUAUUUCAAGAACGACAAGGCGAAUGCGGAAUCAUUCGAUGCUGAUGGAUGGUUCAAGACAGGCGAUAUCGCGUACUGUGAUCGCGACACCUUGAAAUGGUACAUCGUCGACCGGAAGAAGGAACUCAUCAAAGUCCGUGGAUUCCAGGUUGCGCCGCCGGAAAUCGAAGCGGUGCUUCUCGGCCAUCCGCACAUUGUGGAUGCUGCAGUGAUCGGAGUCACCAUUCCCGGUGUGGAUAGCGAAUAUCCCCGGGCAUAUGUCGUUCGUCGAGUUGGAGAAGGGGAUAGACUGGUAGGUGAAGAUGUCCAGAAGUAUGUUCUUGAACGGUUGGCCAAGUUCAAGGCGCUCACUGGGGGCGUCAAGUUUGUUGAUGCUAUCCCGAAAAAUCCCAGUGGGAAGAUCCUGAAGAGGGCGUUGAGAGAGGAUGCUAAGAAGGAUAUCGAGGCACGGCUGAGCAAGGCCAAGAUGUGA